AAGAGACGGGCGUCGGGAGGGGAAUUUCGUUGCACGAGUUGCCAUGGAGAACGAGGGGAUGGGAGUUGCCAAGGUGGAGCCGGAGGGGGCGUGAGAUGCGAAGCGAGGAGGAUCGGGGAAUUGGUGGAUAAUUUGGCUUCCUGUUUAGAGGUGUCUAUUGAGAAUCGCUGCGAAUUUUAGGGGUGAAAAAAAAUGGGCAAUGGAGGAGAAUUUGAGCUAUCGCAGGAGGUGGUGUCGGUGCUUCCCUCUGAUCCGUACGAGCAAAUAGAUAUCGCUAGUCGUAUCACGGCUAUGGCUGUGUCGACUCGCGUGUCAAAACUGGAAACAGAAGCCGGGAAGCUGCGCCAGAAGAUGACUGAAAAGGAGCACGUCAUUCAUGGGUUGCAGGAGCGUAUUUCGAAGGCCACAGGUGCCUUGCAAGAACAAAGUGCCAAGCUUUCGCAUUCUGAAGCCGAACAGGUGAAGCUGGUCAAUGAAAAGAACGCACUUGCAACUCAAGUGAAAAAUUUGUUGCGUGAUGUUGCAAAGUUGGAGACAUUUAAACGGGCGCUUAUGAAGUCCCUUGAACAGGAGGAUGAGAACCCCCCGGCAAAUUCAGCAAUGUGGAAGGCAUCACAGGCGGAGACAACUGUGGCUAGGACCCAACUUUUAGAGGAUGCCGAUCACUCUGCAAAAGCGUCACUCCAACACCAGGACGAGCUUGAUUUUAAUUCGGGAGGUGGAACUACACGGCCGAAGUCACAGAGUGCACACACUUCACCGAAGCAAAUCAUGCGAGGAAUAGAUUCCGCACGAGGAUCGAUGACUCCGCGGCUGACCCCACUACACACAUCAAUGACCUCACCCCAGCCUAAGCCUAAGAAAGAAGCUUUACCUCGUGCAUCUGUGACCCAGAUUCCUUCUUCCCUGCCAACCAGCGGAUCAAGCUCUCCAAAUUCUGGGCAUGAAACAUCUCGCACAGCUCGACUUGAUGGCAAGGAAUUUUUCCGUCAAGCCAGGAGUCGGCUGUCGUAUGAAAAAUUCAGCUCAUUUUUGGCCAAUAUUAAGGAGCUCAAUGCACACCGGCAAACAAGAGAGGAAACUCUGGCAAAAGCGGAGGACAUCUUCGGUCCAGAGCAUAUGGACCUCCACAGUGCCUUCGAAGAAGUUCUUAGUCGGCAUCUCUCUGCGUAGGUCAUCGUUUUCAACACUGAGACCGACCAACUUAAGAUUUCGAGAGUGUCCGAAGCGUUGCUCUAGUCAUCACACGCUGAGCAGGUCGCAUCGGAGGGAAAAAACCCACGUACGCUUUCAUGUAGUUGAAUGCGAGGUUCUACGUCAUUGUCAUCAAAGCCGCGACACUGAAUUCAUCAUAGAGACUAACCCUGCCGGAAGGUGACUCCAGCCCUAAUUACUCAUUUAUGCAUCUAUUUGAGGGCUAGAAAGUCGUUCUGGAGUAUGCUUGUAUGUAAUUACAGAAUUUUAUUUGAAAGAACGAGCAAUGUGGGCGUGUUUCAAUGUUGAUCCCCCAUGUUCUUAUGCUGCUGAAAAUUUGUAGCCAAUUGCUUAUGGAACAGCGAGCAAAUAUUCUCACGA